UAUUUAACAUGCUAGAUGUCUCGCUAACAUCGGCGACGCGUCGAUGCUUCUCUCAGAUCGCGUCUUUCAUAAUUCAUACAUUGCUGUGAUUUGCCUAUGAUUUCGGGCUUUUGUCGGCGAUCUCAAAUCGGGCCUAAAAUCGUGUCGGCAUAAUCCGCUUUGUCUGCGAUAAAGAAAGCAAACACCGCGCGAGCGUCACUGCGGGAAGCAGAAAAUGUCCGACUUGACUGCAAGUGGAAACUCUCGCCGAUCGGUUACAUGCAGCCGAAGUCGAACACACCUUUUGUGUCAGAGGAAGAAACGUCAUUUCCUGUUUUUUGUUACUGACGUGGCUAAAUGCGGAGCUGUGACUACUAGUGGUCAGGAAUUCAGUGGGGGAAAUAAAGAUAGUCCAUACGGCGUUUAAGUCCCAUUCAUUUAUUUAUACACACACACACACACACACACUUAUUUUGCCAUUUUAGUGUUAGUUUCGUUCUUCAUAGUAUAAAAUUAAGUCUGCUUUAGUAAGAUGUUGGACUUCUUCGCCAUCUUCAGUAAGGGGGGUAUAGUGUUGUGGUGUUUUCAGGGGGCUGGGGUAACUGAAUCUUUUACAGGCCCUAUAAACGCUCUCAUCCGCUCCGUAAUUCUUCAGGAGCGUGCUGGGAACAGUCCCUUCUCCCAUAAUGCCUUGAAUCUUAAGUACAAACUGGACAAUGAAUUUGAACUUGUGUUUGUGGUAGGUUUUCAGAAGAUUCUGACGCUAACGUAUGUGGACAAAUUAAUAGAUGAUGUCCAGCUUCACUUCAGAGAUCGUUAUAAAAAUGAGCUGGAGCAGCGGGAUGCCCUGAAGUUCUUGAUCAGCUGUUUUGAGUUUGAUGAUGACUUUCACAGGCUUCUGUGUGUGGUGGAAGCUGAAAGGAUAGCUAAACCCCAAAUGAGGUCUUACAAUGAGUCCCAGAAAUCUCAGAAAACUGUGAAAUCCAUGAUUGAGACAAAAAGUGGAGACAAAAGCAAGGAGUCUAUUGGCAAGAAGAAUAAACAUAACAGGAAAGAAGCAGGAGCAGGAGGUGGAGACCAAGUUGAGCCAUCUCAGGCCAGCUCUAAGAAGGCAGUGGAGAAUAGGAAUCAGGGCCUGAGCCAGGAGGAGGUCAUUCAGAAGAAUCGUGCUGAGUUCAUCCGCAGGCAAGCAGGUGGACGAACAGAAAAGUCUAAUAAAUCCCCUAAACCCCAGAAGCCAAAGGGGAAGGAGAAAAGAGUUUGGGAUAUGGGUGGUACAAGCACAAAACACCUAGACUACAGUGGAACCAAUAACAAGAAUUCCUUUAAUAACCAAGGGCAAGAUGAGGAGUUCCCAGCUGAAACACAAAUCCAGGUGGGCUCCAUGAAAGGUGACCUGCGAGAUGUGGACUAUGAGUCCUCUGAGGAUGUGGAUGAGGACGAGGAGGAACAAAAAGACAUGUUAGUGACUCUUGAUGUCAGCAGAAAAGGAGCCAGAAAAGGUGGUAUUGGUGGUAUGUUUGGAGUGCUGAAAGGUCUGGUUGGCUCAAAGACCCUGAUUCGGCCAGAUAUGGAGCCUGUUUUGGAGAAGAUGAAAGACCACCUAAUUGCUGUGGCAUCUAUGGUAAAGCAGGCUCUGCAGGAUUCUCUGGUGCAAAUUUUGCAGCCAAAACGAAGAGUGGACAUUCUGAGAGAUGUACUUGAGGCACAAGCUCAGCACAAGCCCUUCGUCAUUACCUUCUGUGGGGUCAAUGGGGUCGGCAAGUCCACCAACCUUGCCAAGAUCUCCUACUGGCUAAUUGAAAAUGGCUUCUCAGUGCUGAUCGCUGCAUGUGACACAUUUCGUGCUGGCGCAGUGGAACAGCUGAGGACUCACCAACGAAGACUGAACUCGCUACACCCACCACAGCAGCACGGACGGCCCGUCGUUCAGCUCUUUGAAAGGGGUUAUGGCAAGGACGCUGCUAGCAUUGCAAUGGAGGCUAUUGCUUAUGCCCGUAAUCAGGGGUUUGAUGUUGUGCUGGUGGACACAGCUGGCCGUAUGCAGGAUAAUGCUCCACUAAUGACUGCUCUGGCUAAGCUUAUUGCUGUCAAUACUCCAGACUUGGUGCUGUUUGUAGGAGAGGCUUUGGUGGGCAAUGAGGCUGUGGAUCAGCUGGUUAAGUUUAACCAGGCACUGGCUGAUCAUUCCAUGUCUGAUCAUCCGAGACUCAUAGAUGGCAUUGUUCUCACCAAGUUUGACACUAUUGAUGAUAAGGUUGGUGCUGCAAUUUCCAUGACCUACAUCACAAGUCAGCCCAUUGUGUUUGUAGGUACAGGACAAACCUAUAAUGACCUCCGCAGCCUCAAUGCCAGAGCUGUUGUAAAUGCACUCAUGAAGGCCUGAUUGAGCAGAAUUAUGUGCACAAAGGUGUUAAGUUGGAUCUGGUUAUGGGUUGACCAGCCAGUUGCCACCACUUAUAGUGUUAAAGUCUUAAGAGAUUGAACCCUUUUAUUUCAGGUCUUUCUAGAAAUCAUGAACAUACCUGCUUCUUCAGAUUCCACAAAAACUUAAUUUAAGGGGAAGUUUUAAAAUGUCUUCAAGGUGUUUGGGGUUAUUUACACUAUUGUAUUCCAGAAGCAGGCCUAGUGAAGUACUAGUGAUUGACCAGUGCUUAUGAAAGUCUCAACAUGGCUAAUGUCUGCUUGCAGCAUCUGUACUAAUGUACACUCACAGCACAAACAUUUUCAUCCUGUACCAUCCUGGAAGACUGUGUUGAUGUUUAGCAAGGUUUUACUUCCCCCUUCUCUUGGUCCCUGGGCACAACCUAGUGCUGCUAAGCUCUCUGUCCAAAGGUAGAAAUCAUAUACAAUAAAGGAAAUCAAAUUCUAACUGUAUUUUUUUUGUUGCUCUAGACAAAAAUUCACCCUUUGUCACCAUUUCAGCAUCAUAUAAUUACUGUACAUUGACAGUUGGAAACUUAGAUCCACCUUUUCUUUCUUUCUCUAAAAAAAUAAAAGAAUAAACCAUU